UAUCACAAAUCUUGCAUAUUUGUUGUUCCCAGUCUUGUUGUAAGACAGUCACUAAUAAAAAUGUUACGGUAUUUAUCACCUUAUUUAUUUGUUUCAAUUAUUGUUUUUAACCAAGGUGUAUUUGUUACAUGUGUGGACGCUGAUAUUUAUUGGAGAGAUUAUGGAAGGACAAUCCCCUCGGAUGCGUUUCCUUCAGGACAUGGCACAUAUAUUGCCAUCGUUAUUUUUAACGGAGGACUUAUUCCAGCAACAUUAUACCCGCAUUUGUAUAUGGCUGUGUCUGAAGGGCCAAAUGGAAGAGUGGAGUUUAGGGACAAUAUUAAAAUUUUGUGUACAUCAAGACCAGAAUCAUUAACAUGGGAACCGGUGAGCGUAGAUCAAUUGAAUUUAACGUUCUUAAAAAAGUGUAUCCCGGGUGGAUAUGAGGACGGAUCAAAGUUAUAUAUAGGAAAAGUAUUUCACGAAGAGGAAUGGAAAAUUGGAAAGGUAUUCCCGAUAACUUCCGAAUGGAAAGGAUUGAGAGUUUGGUGGAAUAGUGGACAAACUUACACUCCACAAUAUUUUGAAGUGCUAAUGGUAGCCACACCAAAUGUUACUGUAUCGAUUAAUUAGAUUUGUACUAUACAUAAGCUAAAUAAAUUAAAAUACACAAUUAACAUUUAAAUCAACAAUGUAUUGAACUCCCGAA